GGGAAACGUCCAGCGCCCUACCUCGACCACCACGAAGCUGCUGGCGUCCAUCCACCACUGGAUUCUCACGUUCUAUGGUACUGUCUUACACGAUUUCAACGAUACUAGCCGAUCACAAACUGGUGGGAAUUUUCAGUGGCACUAAAGAAAUUUCUUGUUUGUUUUAUAAUACCGUGCUGUAAGACGUGAUGUGUCUCACAAGACUGGGUUAUGGAAUUAUAUUUCACGUGUGAUUUUAUGUAGAAUAACAACGAAGAAAUAUAUAUAUAGCCUCUUUAAAUUUAAUCAACGAAAAGUAAUAAUUAUAGGUACAUGAUUUAACUGCUUAAAGUGAAAUAUGAAAUUGUAUAACUAAUCAUAUGCAUUCAAAUUAAAAAUAUUUUCGAUUUACCUGCCAAAAUAUCAAAUAGUUCCGAAUAAAACGCCACACUCGUACACCCUGAUCACGUGGUUCAAAUUACCAUGAUGAUGUGAACCGAAGCUUUCGCCAUAACCCAAAGGAACCUCGCUGGGGGAUGAGCGCCGCUAUUAACGUGUAUCACACGAGUAACGAUGCGUUAAUUUAACGAACCAAUCAGAAUACAGCACAUGAUUCUGAACCAUGUGACUGGAGUUUACUGUAACAAAACGAACCGUGCACAGGAAGACAACAAAGUUCUGUUAAUCACUGAACGUGUAUAUCUACUUGGGAUUCUGAAGGCUUUAGUGUGACUGUGAAAACGGUGAGUACUAUACAACCAAUCAGAAUACACCACGUGUUUCAAAUGUGACUGCAGUCCAUUGUGAGAAAACAACGUGUGUAUAGGAAGACACGAAAGUUACAUUAAACAGUGAACUUAGAAUUCUGAAGGCUCCAGUGUGAUUGUGAAGAGUGUGUACUACAAUAUAGGUUAAUCUGACGAAUGGUUGGGGGAUUAUGGGUAUAUUUCCAAAGCACCAACCAGCAGUGAAAACGUGACAAGGAAGUAUAUGCUAUACAACCCGGGAGAACGAAGAUCGUGACGUCAUGACAGAAGACGAACCAGGCCACUCCAGGGAAAGGAGCAAAACACCGGCAAUACCACCGGACACGCUCAGCUCACAAAGGGUGUUCAAGAAGUCGGCUCCUAACAAUAAAUUGACGAUUUAUCUCAGUAGUCGAGAUCUGGUGAUAUCAGACAACAAGAUAGAUCGACUACAGGGUGUCCUUUUAGUAGAUCCGGACUAUCUUCAGGACAGAAAGGUUUUCGGGCAGGUGACGCUGACGUUUCGGUAUGGACGUGAGGACGAGGAGGUCAUGGGGCUCAAGUUCUGCAAUGAGGCCGUGAUGUGCCUCGCUCAGCUAUACCCGCCCCACGAGCGAGCGGCCCCACAAACCAACACACCGUUACAGGAUGCGUUAAUCAAAAGACUGGGAUCCAAUGCUCAUCCGUUCACGAUGGAAGUGACACCACUGGCACCACCAAGUGUCCAGCUGGUUCCCGCCAAAGAGUACAGCGGCGCCCCCAUCGGGACCAGCUAUGAUGUUCGAGCCUACGCUGCGGAGCGCGCAGACGAGAAGACGCAUCGCCGUAGUACAGUACGGAUGGGGAUCCGUGUGGUCCAACGGUGCUUACCCAGUGCGUCAGUUACCCCUGGUUCGCCCGCACCUUCCAUCGAGCAGCUCGCAGGCCCACCACCCCAUGCAGCCGUGGAAAAACCUUUCUUACUAAGUGAUGGACGAGUGGAACUAGAAGCUUCCUUAGACAAGGCUGUAUACAGCCAUGGGGAACCGAUCUUGGUGAACACGGCCGUGCAUAACAACAGUGGUAAGACCGUCCGCAGGAUAAAGGUAUUCGUGGUGCAACAUGUGGAUGUCUGCAUGUUUUCCAAUGGCAAGUUCAAGAAUGUGGUGGCACUAGUGACAAGUCGGGAAGAGUGUCCCUUGGGGCCGGGAUCAUCCCUAAGUCGCACAUACACUCUGUACCCAGCAAAGGGGGCCACCAAGAAUUGGAUAGCACUUGAAGACUCAUUCAGCAGGGCAGGUGCAACUCUAGCAUCCACUGUUACGUGUGCAUCCAAUUCACCUGAAGACCGAAACGUGUUUGCCAUCUAUGUCUCUUAUUAUGUUAAAGUGAAACUUCUAGUUGGUGCCAUGGGUGGAGAGCUGGCACUGAAAUUACCAUUUACUCUUAUGCACUCCACUUCAACGGCAGAACUUACUGAAUCUUUGUCCCUAUCCCCACCACCAACACAUCCUCUAAAAGAAGCAAGCCCAUUAACAGAGAGGAAAAAGAAGACCAACACAAGACAGGAUGAGGAUGUGAUUUUAAAAUGUGACGAGGAGCCCACCUGAGAGUCAGAGAGCAGUCCAAGGAAGUCAAGUGGUGAUGCUCAAAACUGUGAUUUAAUGAGUGUCACCAGUAAAAAGGAAAAGUGCAAUGAUACUGCUGAAAACCAACUUACUAACAACAACAGACUUAUGGUUCAAAGAGUAUUUUGUUGUUUCGCAACUAAACGGAACAAAUGAAAAUAAAGCAUCAGAAGACAUGUCCUGUAACUUAAUUUGAAAAAUGUAAUUUUGCAGAUUAAUGGUAAGCUUUCUUCUCAUUUAACUUUUAAGGGGUCAGUCUUUGCUUUUUUU